ACACACACAUACAUACAGAGAGAGAGAGAGGCAGGUUGCUGAGUGACUGACAAGCCUGUCAACCAGGUGGAGUUUAAAGCAGUCUGGCUGGAAUUAAGACAAUGACAAAGUUGUGUUUGUGUUGGUGAGUGUUGAACUGAUUAUUUCACUGACAGAGAGGAAGGCUCAGAAUCCUGUGGACCCCCAACACCACCACCACAACCAGACUUUACAGACGGGAAUUUCCCUCCUCUACUCUAGCUGGCUGGAGCCAGGGGCAGAUGGUCGCUCUGAGAGUCUGAGCAGUACUCAGGAAAGAGCAGCGAAAGGAAGGGUGGGAGGAGGUCCAGAGAGGCAGAGGAAGAGAAACGAGGAGUGGACAGAAGAGGAGAUAUGCUUCGCUACGGCUCAGGACGAUCUGUUUCCACCAUUACCACAACAACAGAGGACUCUGAAGACUUUUCAAGUGAGAGGAGGAUCAGACGCCUCAGGUUAACUCUACAUGCGGGACAUGAUGGAAACAAGGAGCCAACAACAGCAAACUCAGAAACAACGGAGAAGGAGUCGGACGUCAGAUUGGCAUGGAAGAAGAAGAAUGGGCUGAUCCAAAGAGGGAGGCCAGCUGGCAGGGAGUCACCUCCGCAGCAGCACGGAGACAUGAGCAAUGGGGCGCCAGAGACCUCGCUGCAGAAUCAUGGGCCCAAAGUGUACGGCGUAGUGCAGAGGACGGGUUCGGACAGACAGCAGGAAGUGAUGGCGCGCGAGUGGACGGUCAAUCACCUUCAGGAUGAGAUGAAGUACAUCAGGGAGGUGAGGGAUUCUUUAGAGAAGGUGAGAGAGCGAAUGUAUGGACAGUUCGGAGGAAUGCAGCAAUCAAUGCAGAGUCUUACACAGGAAAUCAGGGCUGCCAAUUCACAUCGCAGGAGUCUAGAGUCCGAGGUGAGGGUCCGAACGGCAGCCAUGGACAGCUUCGAUCAGAUGAACAGCUCCCUUAUAUCUGCUAACAUUGGCCUGCAGAAAUCUCUUCUGGAGAACUGUCAGAGAAGAGUGGACUCAAGAGACGAUGUGAAGAGUUUGCGCAGAACCUGUGAAAAAACACAAGAACAACUCAGAGAGAAGGAGAAGGAGCUGGAGGCCACGCAGGUUGAAAACCAGACUUUAAGGCUGCAGGUGGAGUCUGCACAGGAGGCCAACAAUCAGGCACUGCAGGAGCUUUCGGCAAAGCUUCAGCAGGAGUAUGAGGAGAAGCUGCAGAAUGAACAACGGAAACACAGGGAGGAGAUUGAAAACCUACAGACCCAACUCGAUGAGUACAUCAGGAGACUGGAGGAAGCGGAGUCAAACAUCAGGAUUGCAGGAGCCAAGAUUGCUGACAGGGACCAGAGAAUCGUUGAAUUGGAGCGUCUACUUAACUGUAUGGGGAAGGAAAAGAGUCAACUUGAAAAGAAGCUGCAGGAAUGUGAACAGCGUCUUCGCUUGAUGGAGCUCACAGACGAAACUGAUGCAACUGUCGCCAAAAGGUCAAAACAGCUGCAAUCUGAAUCUGCAGAUCUCCGUGAGAGAAUCAAACACUUGAAUGACAUGGUGUUCUGCCAGCAGAGAAAAGUCAAAGGAAUGAUCGAGGAGGUUGAAUCGCUGCGAGCUCAAGUGGCUCAGAAGGAUAUGUUCAUCUCAGAGCUUCUGGACAGAAUCGCGAUAGUAGAGUGUGAGAAUAAUGAAUUAGAAGACAAGCUGAAGUAUUUUAUGUCUACACAGAAUAGGCCAAGAGUGGUUUUGGAAAGCAAGGAGAUAGGGGUAGGGUGCGAUCUGCUCCCCGGACGUGAAACAAAAAGGCAUGAUGUUGAACCUCCUGUUAACUAUGAAGCAACUAAUCUACAUCCCAUACAACAACCACCACCUGUUCAACCAUCUCCUGCAAUGAAACCUCCAUCACCCACUCUACCAGUGUUUCCCUCACACUCUCCACCCCCGAUACAACCUUCAUCCCCUGCUUUACCUCCAACUUUGACACAACCGUCCUCCUCGACACAAUCUUCACCCUCCAUGGAACCUUCAUCUCCCUCAUCCCCCAUUCAAAGUCCAUUCCACUCCCUUUUAACACCCACCCAACCCAGGACGUUCAGAUCUAAUAACCCUCCACCCAGUAGGCUAGACUCCAGUUUACUGAGGUACACUCCUGUUCAAUACAGCCGUUACCUGCAUGCCAACUCCUCUGUACCGAGUGGGACGUUAAGCUACUCCCACCCGUCUGAAUCUGAGCUUGCUGGUAGUCCUGUCCAGUCCGGGAUAGAUGAGGUGGAUGCAAAAUCAAACACAGACACAAGAUCAAAUCCUGAAGAAUCCACUUCUUCCCCGUCCUCUCGACCAAGAUCACGAGCACCUCAGGUUUAUACACCGUUCAUGAAACAUGGAAAUAACAGCAAAGAUAAACAUAGAUAGAUCUUGAAGUCACAGUUUGAUAUGUUGGUGAACUAGAAGAUUGAUACCACUCAUCAUUUGAAAUGUAACUAUGAAGCUAAGAAAGCAGCUAAUUAGCCUAGCUUAGCACAAAAGGAACAAAAUCUCUCUACCAGGUCUUUUAUACAUUUAUAUUGUGAAUUGUGAAAGACUAUACGGGUGUUUAGAUAGCUUGGGCAAGAAGUUAACUGAAUUGUUAAAUUGCCAAUCAUUGGAUUGUGGAACAACUGUGGGGACUAGAGUCAGUGACCGAAAUAGUGCAGUCCCAAACCCCCACAUGUUCAGUCUUUAUGCUAAGCUAGGCUCUAUGUAACUGCAAUUACUGUACAGUAAUAUAUUACUUUUGUUAAAGCUAAGUUAACUGCAGUUAUACAUUAAUCAUACAGACAGUGGUAUAGACUCUCUCUUCUAACUAUUGGCAAAUUAUCAAAUACGUUUAAUUUUCCAAAAAUAAUGAACAUUUUCUUUAAAACUCAAAUGUAUUCAUUCCUAUUUCACUGCUGGUUAUCUUCUAAAGGUAACUGUAAGUGACAUGCAAAAAGUCUUGUGUAGCUUUUGAGCCCAUGUUCUCAUGUAGCACUAUUCUAGAUAAUAAAAUGUGGCUUGUUGUAGGGUGUAAAUAAUCUAAUACUCUGAAAGUAUUUUGUAAAUAAUGUACUGAAGGAUUAUGUUUCUUUGUUCAUGCUGAAUGACGUCAACUUAUGUUAGUCACAGACCUAUGAGAAUUCAGUCCUAUAUGAAGGUUGGUUAUUGUUUAUAUUCCUACAGUUUUAUAUUGGCUCUGUACAAAUUAAAUGAAUAUUAUUUUGGUAUUGUCACAGUAUGUAAAAAAUAUUUAUGUGCCUUUGUGAACAUCCUACUACCUGAUUCUGGUGGUGGGAAUCUGUAGAAUGAAUUGGCUACAGGGUAAUUUAAUGUAUAAUUGAAAGUACAUUUAUGUGCUAAUGAUCAGACUGUUUAAUCACUUUAAAUGUAAAUUACCGAGGAGACUGCCAUCCCUGAGCCAGAGACACAAGUAUUACCCAGCUGUUGUCUCCACUGCCACCGCUGUGUUUAAAAAAGCUUUAUGAUGUGCCUUUUCCUUAUCGAUACAUAUCAUACUGCAACUAGUGAUAACAGGCUAACAUAUGUUUGGAUAAUAAAGACUUUACUGUGUAAGUACAA